AUGAAGAUGUUAUUCAUCAAAGGCCAGUGGCUGAAGUCCAUCUGGAGCAGCAGAAAACUUGGUGGAUUGGUCCCCCAAGCCAUGAAGAUCUUUACUUCUCUCGACCUUUCCGAGUUUGAAGCCAUUAACCGAGGGGACAAAGAGGUGCCGAAGUAUUUUAAUUUUGCAAAUGACGUGCUGGAUAAAUGGUCUAAAAUUGAAAAGAAUGGAGAGAGAGCCUUCUAUCCAGCUUUCUGGUGGAUCGAUGGAAAAGGAGGAGAAGUGAAAUGGGACUUUGAAAAACUGGGCUUGGUCUCCAGGAAAGCGGCCAACGUACUCACGGGACCCUGUGGCCUGCAAAGAGGAGAUCGGGUGAUCCUCAUUCUGCCUCGGAUCCCAGAAUGGUGGAUGUUAACCGUGGCAUGUAUGAGAGCAGGGAUCAUCUCCAUCCCGGGGACCCCACAGCUGACAGCUAAAGAUAUCCAGUAUAGACUCCAGGUUUCCAAAGCGAAAGGCAUCAUCACAAAUGAUUCGUUGGCCCCUCUGGUGGAGACCAUCUCUUCGGCAUGUCCUUCUCUGCAAACCAAGUUGCUGAUCUCCGAAAGCAGGCGAGAAGGAUGGCAACAUUUCAAGGAGCUGUUUGAGGCAGCUCCUUCCAGCCACAAUUGUGUUCAAACCCGGAGUGAUGAACCAAUGAUUAUAUUCUUCACAAGUGGAACCACAGGAUCUCCAAAGAUGGUUGAACACUCUCAAACCAGCUUAGCCUUAGGCUUGGCUCUACCUGGAAGGUUUUGGCUGGACUUCAAACCUUCAGAUGUCAUGUGGAACAUGUCCGAUACUGGUUGGGUGAAGGCGUCUCUAGGGAGUAUCUUCGGCCCUUGGCUACGAGGAACCAGUGUCUUCAUACACAGCAUGCCACAGUUUGACCCAAAGGAGGUUCUAAAUACACUUUCCAAGUACCCAGUGACAACAUUGUGCACUGCUCCAACAGCUUACCGCAUGCUGGUGCAGGAGGAUCUUAGCAGCUACAAAUUCAAGAACCUGUCUCACUGUUUGACUGGAGGGGAACCAAUGAACCCAGAAGUGGUGUCACAAUGGAAGAAACAGACCGGGUUGCAAAUCCACGAAGGCUAUGGACAAACUGAAGUCGGGAUGGUAACGACCAACGAAAAAGGGAGACCAGUUAAACCAGGCUCCAUGGGGACUGCAUCCCCACCUUAUGACGUCCAGAUUGUAGAUGAAGAAAGUAAGAUUUUGCCCCCCGGACAAGAAGGAGACAUCGCUAUCAGGAUAAAACCCAAACGCCCCUUUAGCUUCUUCUCUCGCUACGUGGACUCCCCUGAAAAAAACUCAGCAGUUGUCCGGGGAAAUUUCUACAUCACUGGUGACCGAGGCUGGAUGGACGAAGAUGGCUAUUUCUGGUUUAUUGGAAGAUCUGAUGAUGUCAUCAUCUCCUCUGGAUACCGCAUUGGCCCUUUUGAAGUAGAAAGUGCUUUGAUUGAACAUCCAGCAGUGGUUGAAUCAGCCGUUGUCAGCAGUCCGGAUAUAGUCCGAGGGGAGGUAGUAAAAGCAUUCGUGGUUUUGUCCCCCGGGUUCGCCUCACACAACCCAGAGAAACUAACCUGUGAGCUGCAGGACCACGUCAAGAAAGUGACAGCUCCCUACAAGUAUCCCAGGAAGGUGGAAUUCGUGCAGGCCCUGCCCAAGACGAUCAGUGGCAAAAUCAGAAGGAACGAACUGCGAAAACGGGAAUGGGGUCAAAUGUAGUUCCGCGUCAAGUCUCGGCAUCCCGUCGCCGUUUGCAGAAAGAUCCGCUG